UUUUUGAUUCAGCUUCAUGCCCCAUGGUAGCACGUUGAUUGUGCUGUUUUGGCAACUUGCUCAUGCUUGGAACUCCAGCAUUUGCAUGCAUGCAGCAGAAGUUGAGAUUAGGAAUGCGCCGGAAAAGUCACAGAUGUUUGUGACAACGUCCCAUUUGUACAAACGACACCUCGCUGAAUAUUUUUGUGGAAUGGGCGGAAACAUGACAGCUUUAGAGCUGGGAGUCUAUCAUGGCCACACUACGGCAGUGUUGGCUGCAAUUUUCAGGAGAGUCAUUUCAGUUGACAUUGAAAAGGAAUACUUGGAGGUCGCAUCAAAGAAUGCGGCUGCACAUUCAAAUGUCAUUUUUCUUUCAAUGGACCUAAUGGCUGAUGACUGGACGAUAUUUUCGACAAAUCAAGUGAGUGUCGGAAUUAUUGAUGCAAAUCACCACUACGAAUAUGUCAUGGCGGAUGCGCAAAAUGCAUUGCGCCACCUACCCCACCUCCAGUAUUUGGUAUUUGACGACUACCAUGAAGAAGAAGUGGAACGGGCCGUGACAGAGUUGGAAGAAGCUGGUGUCCUGGUGGAAUGCCAAGGAAUCGGCAAUGGCUGGAACGGUUCCCCUUGGGAGUUUCAGGACUGGGAUCCCGGAAGUGGCCAGCAAUUUAAGCGGUGGACAACUCAGUCGGAAGGCCGAAUCUGCAAGCGAAGUCCAGCGAGAGCUGGCUGGAAGACUCUGCCCGGUUUCGUGAACAAACGUUUUUUUGUUUACAGGCAGCCUUUGACACAUUUGUGUCAAGCUGGUGUUUUUCGAUUUCUGGCGAAUGGAACCCUGCUAACAUCUUGGGAAAGUGGAGGUGGAAGUUGGCAAGCAGCUGCCAGCACCACCCGCGAAGAUUUGCUCAUCCUGAAGCUGCCUGGAUUGCUUUCCUCUGAGCUGGAACUAAUUUUCAAUUCUGGCCGUACAGCGUUCAUGUUGUCUGAAGUAGGCUCGUCCAGAGCUGACUGGUUUGGUAUUUACGACCAGCUGGUCAACCGGCCCUUUCAAAUUGCCAGUAGUCUCUUCUGAUUGAAUUCCUGCGAAAA